CGCGCCACUGCGCAGGCGCGCCGCGCGGCUCCUGUCAGGGAGCGAGCUGACAGUAUGGCGUCGGGACCCUAUUGGAAGGAUGCUACCGUCUUCGCGCAAGUCUCUCGAGCCCCGGGAAUGUAAAAGCGAGCUCGGCUGUGGAAGGAAGGCAAGAGGGAGCGCGACGGGCGUGACGCGCUGAAAUUGGCGGAGCACCGACAUGGCGAGGCUCGCCGACUACUUCGUGGUAGUCGGAUACGACCUCGAUAAGAGGGGGGGCAGUGACGGCCAAGGCCGCAUUCUCCAGCGCUUUCCGGAGAAAGACUGGGAGGACAACCCCUUUCCCCAGGGAAUUGAGCUGUUCUGUCAGCCCAGUGGCUGGCAGCUAGUACCUGAGAGGCUACCCCCAUCCUACUUCGUUGCUGUUUUGACCGACAUCAACUCUGAGCGCCAUUACUGUGCCUGCUUCACCUUUUGGGAGGAGGUCGAUAGCACCCAGAAGAGCCUUCACAGCGAAGUGGACGAAGAUGACGACUCUGGAUCUGCGCAGCCUGAGCAGCUCUUUGCACCCAGGAGUCUAGUGCUGGUGUCACGACUGGAUCACUCCGAGGUCUUUAGGAACUGCCUGGGCCUCAUCUACACAGUGCACAUUGAUGGCGUCAAUGUCCCCUUGGAGACACUGAUUGGAAACCUUCUUACCUGCCUCAUCCCCAUCGCUGGUGGCUCCCAGGAGGAGGAGAGUGUGAGGACCAUCACGUUAGGAGCCGGGGAUCGACAAGUGAUCCAGACACCCAUCAGCGACUCCUUACCGGUCAGCAGCUGCAGCGUGGCUGUACUCUUCAGGCAGUUGGGAAUCAUCAAUGUCCUCUACCUGUUUUGCGCUGCCCUGACGGAACACAAGAUCCUCUUCCUGUCCAGUAGUUAUCAAAGGCUCUCAGAUGCCUGCAGAGCCCUUCUGGCAAUCAUGUUCCCACUCAAAUACAGUUUCACGUACGUCCCCAUCCUUCCGGGCAAACUCCUGGAGGUCCUCAGCACUCCAACGCCUUUCAUCAUUGGAGUCAACUCCUUCUUCCGUUCUGAAACGCAGGAGCUGCUGGACGUGGUAAUUGCUGACCUGGAUGGAGGCACGGUGACAAUCCCGGAGUGCGUCCACAUCUCUCUGCUGCCGGACCCCCUGCUGCACCAGACGCAGACUGCCCUCUCCAUGGUGUUGGACCCAGAGCUGGAGGUGGCAGAUCAUGCAUUUCCUCCGGCCUCUACUCAGCCCUCCACCCUUAAAAUCCAGCCUAUCCCUGUGUUGCAGGACAAGGAGAUCCGUGCUGUGUUUCUGUUGCUGUUCGCACAUCUGUUCCGGGGUUACCGCUGGUGCCUGCACAUCAUCCGCAUCCAUCCUGAGCCUGUGAUCCGCUUCCACAAGGCUGCUUUUCUGGGCAAGCGGGCACUGAGUGAGGAUGACUUCCUGAUGAAGGUGCUGGACGGAAUGGCUUUUGCUGGCUUUGUAUCUGAGAGAGGCCCACCCUACAGGCCCAUCGACCUGUUCGACGAGCUCGUCGGGAACGAAGUGGAGCGCAUCCGCCUGGAGGAAGGAGACAACCACAAAAUGAUGAACCACGUCAAGGAGCUAGCUGAGCAGCUUUUCAAAAACGAGAACCCAUACCCGGCGGUGGCCAUGCACAAAGUCCAGAGGCCUAAAGAGAGUUCUCACCUGCAGUCUCGCCAUACUUCAUUCCCGCACCUGGAUGAGGUCACGGUGCAGCUCUUUAUUGACCAUGCCGCUGCCAAGCAGAAGACGGCUCCACCGAUUGUCAAGGCAGAGAUGAAGCGAAUGGUGCCGUCUGGACCUCCUCUAGGUGAUGCUGUGGACAGGAACGGAAGCGUUCUUGCCAACAGCGCCCGGAGGCUAGAGGUGGUCAGGAACUGCAUUACCUAUAUCUUUGAGAACAAGAUGUUGGAGGCCAAGAAGCUGAUGCCGGCAGUUCUGCGGGCUCUGAAGGGGCGGGCAGCUCGACUUUGCCUGACCCAGGAGCUGAACCUGCACGUGCUACAGAACCGGGCCGUGCUGGAUGACCAGCAGUUUGACUACGUCGUGCGCAUGAUGAACUGCACGCUGCAGGACUGUUCACACAUGGAUGAGCACGGCAUAGCGGCUGCUCUUCUGCCGCUGGUCACAGCCUUCUGCAGGAAACUUGGGGCAGGAAUCACCCAGUUUGCCUACAGCUGUGUUCAGGAGCACAUGGUCUGGACCAACAUGCAGUUCUGGGAGGCCAUGUUCUACAGUGAUGUGCAGAACCACAUACGAGCGCUAUACCUUGAGGACCAAAAGCAGGAUGGGUCCGAGGAGCACGGGGCGCUGGAGAUUGCAUCGGAGCAGCGGCGCCUGUGGCCCACGCUGAGCAAGGACAAGCAGCAGGAGCUGGUGCAGAAGGAGGAGAGCACUGUGUUUAGCCAGGCCAUCCAUUACGCCAACCGCAUGAGUUACCUACUGCUACCGUUGGACACCAGCAAAAACCGCCUGCUGCGUGGCUCGGCCUUGGGAGACGUGGAGAGCGUCAGCAACAGCUAUGUCACCAACAGCAUCGCUGGCAGCAUGGCGGAGAGCUACGACACAGAGAGCGGCUUUGAGGAUGCAGAGAGCUCCGAUGUGGCCAACUCAGUGGUGCGCUUUAUCAACCGCUUUGUGGACAAAGUGUGCAACGAGAGUGGUGUGACCAACGAACACCUCAAGGCCCUUCAUGCCAUGAUCCCUGAUAUCGUCCAGAUGCACAUUGAGACCCUGGAUGCAGUCCACCGGGAGAGUAAAAGAUUGCCCCCCAUUCAAAAGCCCAAGCUGCUGAGACCCACCCUGCUGCUAGGUGAGGAACUGAUGAUGGAAGGCAUGAGGGUUCACCUGAUGCCUGACGGACGGGAAGAGACUUCCGGGGCCCUGGGGGGUCCGCCCUUGCUGCCUGCUGAGGGCGCCAUCUUUCUCACCACAUACCGCCUCAUCUUCAAAGGCACCCCGAUCGAUCCACUUGUCGGAGAGCAAGUGGUAACUCGCUCCUUCCCAGUGGCGUCCCUCAUCAAAGAGAAAAAGAUCUCCGUUAACUUGCCCAUGGACCAGUUCAUCCAGGAGGGCCUACAGUUACGCUCCUCCACCUUUCAGCUGAUGAAGAUUGCUUUUGAUGAGGAGGUGGCUUCAGACCUGGCAGAGCUAUUCCGGAAACACAUGCAUAAACUGCGUUACCCACAGCACGUCCACGGCACCUUCGCCUUCACCGUGGGCCAGUCUGCCAAGAUGGCGGUCGAGCAGAAGGGCAAGGACAAGAACCCGUCAUUGAACUCUUGGCAGAUGAAUGAGUCGCUCCAUGGGCUCAGGUUGGGCCACUCAUUGGGCCGCAUGGGCUCGUCAACCGCAACUCUGUCUAAGAACCUGGUGAAGAGCGCAAAGAAGACUAUAGGGCGACAGUAUGUGACGCGGAAGAAGUACACACCACCCACAUGGGAGCAGCGGAGCAGUCUACAGUCCGAAAUGGACGAAGAUGAGAUCUCCGUCUCAGAAGAGGUGGACCAGACUUCCCUCACUCUGUCCUCCACCAUUAAGUCAUCGGACCGGCAAACUAUGAGCAGCGUGGUGGAGCGGGCUUGUUGCCGUGACUACCAGCGCCUGGGCUUGGGUACACUCAGCAACAGCCUGACACGCUCCAAGAACGAGCCCUUCCGCAUCUCCACUGUCAAUCGCAUGUAUACCGUGUGCCGGAGUUAUCCUGGGUUGUUGAUUGUGCCCCAGAGCAUCCCAGACUCCACCAUCCAGAGGAUUUCGCGCUGCUACCGGCAAAGCCGCUUCCCUGUGGUCUGCUGGAGGAGCUCCCGCACCAAGGCUGUGCUGCUGCGCUCAGGUGGUCUCCAUGGCAAGGGUGUGGUUGGCUUCUUCAAGUCCCCCAAUGCCCCUAGUGCAGGCUCCUCCCAGGCAGAUUCUACUAGCUUGGAGCAGGAGAAGUACCUGCAGGCUGUCGUCAGCUCCAUGCCCUCGUACUCGGACACCGGUGCCAGAAACACACUGAGCGGCUUCACCUCAGCCCACAUGAGCAGCUCAGACUCGACGGAUAAGCUUCGGCAGCCCAAGAUUGGAGCCCUGAUGAAGCAAGUGAUGGGCAGCAGGGAGGAUGUCCCAGGGACCUUCAGCAGGGGAGGUCAAAGGGCGCGAGUCGCCUCGCUCUCUCAGCCUAGAGCUUCAGAGAAUGACCAAGAUUCUCCUAGAGGGAAGUGGGGCAGCAUCCGUGGCACUGGCCGGCUCAGCACCUACAACGCCGAUGUCGGGAACAGGCUGUCUGGGAAGGAGUCCCCCCAGGCCAACGGUGGCCCCUCGGAGACUCACUUCCUAAGGCCACAGAGGGCCUACCUCUACAUCAUUGGAGACAAGUCUCAGCUGAAGGGCGCCAAGCAGGACUCCUUCCAGCAGUGGGAGGUGGUACCCAUCGAGGUGUUUGAUGUGCGCCAGGUGAAGGCCAGCUUCAAGAAACUUAUGAAGGCCUGCAUGCCCAGCUCUGUGGUCGUCGAUCCCGACACAACCUUCUACCGAUGCCUUCAGGAGUCAGAGUGGAUGUGCUUGCUGCAUAAGGUCCUGCAGGUGUCUGUGCUGGUGGUUGAACUGCUUGACUCAGGCUCCUCCAUCAUGGUCAGCCUGGAGGAUGGCUGGGACAUCACCACGCAGGUGGUGUCGCUGGUCCAGCUCCUAUCCGACCCGUACUACCGGACCUUCGACGGCUUCCGGCUGCUGGUGGAAAAAGAGUGGCUGUCGUUCGGCCACCGGUUCAGCCAUCGUGGAGCACAGACGCUGGCCAGUCAGAACAGUGGCUUCACACCAGUGUUCCUGCAGUUCCUCGACUGUGUCCAUCAGAUCCACCUGCAGUUCCCCAUGGAGUUUGAGUUCAGCCAGUACUACCUGAAGUUCCUGGCCUACCACUACGUCUCCAACCGCUUCCGCACCUUCUUGCUGGACUCGGACUACGAGAGAAUUGAGCUGGGUGUCAUGUAUGAGGAGAAGGGCGAAAAGAAAAGUCAGCAGGUGAAGUCUGUGUGGGAUUAUAUUGACCGGCUCAACAAAAAGACACCCAUCUUCUUCAACUUCAUGUUUGCCCCUGAGGAUGGAGAGGUACUGAAGCCCUACAGCUACAUCUCCAACCUGAAGGUUUGGGACUUUUACACAGAGGAGACGCUGUCCGAAGGUCCCUCAUACGACUGGGAACUGGUGCAGGGGAAGCAAGAGCAGACGGAGGAGGGCGACAGGCCUGACACGGCUGCACCCACAUCCCAGCGCCGCAUUGUCUGGCCGUGCUACGAUCGGCGCAGUAAGGUGGUGCCUGAUGCCAUCACCAAGCUGCUGCAGGAGCUGCAGGGUCUGGAGAUGGAACUUGGGCAGGUGUCAGAGAAGUGGAAGGACACGUGGGACAAGAUCAAGGCUACACAGCGCUCUGAGAGCAAGCUGGAGAGCAGGGGCUCCCUCUCUAGCUCCCUGCUCAUGUCCUCCAACCUCAGCCACCAUCGACGCACCCAAGGCGUGUACCUGAAGGACAGCAUGGUGGGCUCUGCCAUCAAUCUCUCUCUGGACAGCGAGGGCAGCAGCAGCUCUGCCCCCACGGGGGGCAUGUCGGGGAGGCCCAGCACCAGCACACUGUAUAGCCAGUUCCAGAGCACAGAGAGCGAGAACAGGUCAUUUGAGGGCAUCUUGUACAAAAAGGGGGCGCUGCUGAAGCCAUGGAAACAACGCUGGUUUGUGCUGGACAAGACGAAGCACCAGCUGCGGUACUACGAGACCCGGCAGGACAAGGAGUGCAAGGGCGUCAUUGACUUGGCCGAAGUGGAGUCCGUUGUACCUGGAACACCCACCAUCGGAGCACCCAAGAACAUAGAUGAGAAGGCCUUCUUCGAUCUGAAGACGACCAAGAGGGUGUACAACUUCUGUGCGCAGGACAGCGGCAACGCCCAGCUGUGGAUGGACAAUGUGCAGAGCUGCCUCUCGGACGCGUAGACGCUAGUGGAACAAGAGGGAGGAGGUUGGCAUGCACUGCGUCAGUGGGGGAAGGAACACACAACAGAGGCACCGCCGCACAUCCCGGCCGACCACUCGCAGAGGACAGUGGGAAGGGGACAGGCCCCAUGGUGUGACCACGCUCGCUGUUGUGGACAUUGAGCUCUCAAUGGCAUAAUCAUCUUUCAGUAUUUUUAUUUUUCUUAAUCUUUAUUAUUUUUUUAAUCCAGCUAAGACUACUAGUUGUCGUCUUGUGGUCUUAAUGCUUCCA